CGUGUCGUGCGUCUGACGUCACCACGUUGAGCCUCAUGCGGAAGUAAGCACGUGUGGAAGGAGUCAGCCGGUCGCUAGCUCGCAUGUUUGGAGGCCUCGAGUCAGUUUCAGGAUCACAUUUAAGCCUUCUUCUUCCUCGUCAUGGCCGUGAGAGCUUCAUUUGAGAAGAACAACGAGAUCGGCUGCUUCUCCAAACUCACCAACACCUACUGUCUGGUGGCUAUCGGCGGCUCGGAGAACUUCUACAGCGUGUUUGAAGGAGAACUGUCAGAAACCAUCCCAGUGGUUCACGCCACCAUAGCAGGAUGUCGAAUCAUCGGCAGGAUGUGUGUCGGGAACCGUCACGGCCUCCUGCUUCCCAACAACACCACAGACCAGGAGCUGCAGCACAUCAGAAACAGCCUGCCGGACACGGUGAGGAUGCAGAGGGUGGAGGAGCGGCUGUCUGCUCUGGGUAACGUCAUCGCCUGCAACGACUACGUGGCUCUGGUUCACCCGGACCUGGACAGGGAGACGGAGGAGAUCCUGGCCGACACCCUGAAGGUGGAGGUUUUCCGUCAGACGGUGGCUGAGCAGGUCCUGGUGGGUUCUUACUGCGCCUUCAGCAACCAGGGAGGGUUGGUCCAUCCCAAGACGUCCAUAGAAGAUCAGGACGAGCUGUCGUCGCUGCUGCAGGUUCCUCUGGUGGCGGGUACGGUGAACCGGGGCAGUGAGGUGAUCGCUGCAGGGAUGGUGGUCAACGACUGGUGUGCGUUCUGUGGUUUGGACACGACGAGCACCGAGCUGUCGGUCAUCGAGAACGUCUUCAAACUCAGUGACUCCACCCAUCCUUCAGCCAUCGCCACCAGCAUGAGGGACUCUCUGAUAGACAGCAUGGCGUAAAAACCUCCAGCGUUUGUUUUUCUGAUCAUGAAGCCAACAGGACCUGGUUUCUUCCUCAUCAUCAUCAUCCUCAGUUUAUCCUGAAGAAGAAGAAGCUGUUUACGUCUUUGUUGUUCUGCCUCCUUCCUGUUCAACCGUCUGCAUCAAUUCAACGUUUUUGAAACGUUUCUUUGGCUGAAAUCACCAGAAAACCAACAAACCUGAUUCCAGCUUUUGGUUCGUCUCGUUUCUGCAGAUCAGGAAGUUAAACGAGACGAACCGGAUGAGAAACAGUUUAUUCUGUCUGUAAAAUAAAGUGAGUCGGCCUCUUUUUA